CGGCCGUCGACGACGGCCUAGAAGCAGCGAAGACUUUCUACGUCGACGGACCUGGCGGCACCGGAAAAACGACUCUGUACGGAUGCCUCAUUUGGUCGCUCCGCAGCAGUGGCCGGUCGGUGUUAUGCGUCGCAUUCACCGGGAUCGCAGCGUCACUCAUGGACGGCGGCAUGACCGUGCACUCGACGUUCGGAUUGCCGUUCGGCACGCUGACCGACGACUCUACAUCGACCAUCACCAUGCAGUCCGAGCGAGCGCGCAAGAUACGCGACGCGGCACUCAUCGUGUGGGACGAGGCGCCAAUGUCCCCGGGACUGCAGCUGACGGUGGUGGACCGCCUGCUCAGGGACGUCAUGGGAUCAGAAUUACCGUUCGGCGGUAAACCCAUGCUGUUCGCGGGCGACUUCAGGCAGAUAUUGCCCGUGGUCCGAAGAGGAUCGAGGGCUGACAUCGUCAUGUCCUCGAUCAGGCACAACAGUCUGUGGCGUGGCAUGGAGCGCUUUAACCUGGUCCGCAACAUGCGCGCCGACAACGACGCGCGCUUCGCCGCUUGGUUGCUCCAGCUCGGCAACGGUCGACUGCCCGCGGUCGACGGUGUCCCAGACACCGUGCAAAUCCCCCGGGCAAUGACAUGUGACGUUGCUGAUCUCAUAGAUUUCGUCUAUCCGGAGCAAAUGUCGUUGGCCAACGUCGACGACUUUUCUCGGAGAAUCGUUCUGUGUCCCAGGAACGACGAAUGUCGAGCCGUCAACAGGGACGUGCUUCAGCGCGUCGACGGUGCCCAGAGGAGCUACACCUCCAUCGACACCGUGGUCGUCGACGAUCCCGACGAAGUGGCCAAUUUCCCCACAGAAUUCAUCAACAGUUUGGAACCGGACGGCCUGCCGCCGUACCGGCUGACGUUGAAGGUGGGGUCAAUCGUCAUGCUGCUCAGAAAUCUCGAACCGAAGAGACGGCUGUGCAACGGCACUAGGUUGGUGGUCACCGAACUGCGUCAUCACAAUUUCAAGGCCAGGAUUUUGAACGUUGACGCACAGGACGAUAUAGUCGUGCCUGCGAUACCGCUCACGUCCAGCGGCGAGGUUGUCGUUCUCCAUGACUAUCAACAAGUCGCAGGGUCAGACGUUCGACCGAUCAACAAAACAGAAACGGGCAUACAGCGGGGCAUGGUAUUACACUAA